AUGGCCAGCGAGCAUGAAUACACCCUCGAGCAGGUCAAGACCACUCGGGUCGCCUCCGAUGACAUUGACAAGACCUUCCGCUCAAGCAGCAUUGAUUUGAUCUCUGCUGCCCUGGGCGGAAAGAUUCUCGCCUUUUCAGAUGAGUGGUUUGCCGAGGCCUCUAACCUGUUGACGCCCACCCCUCCCAUCAGACAACCGGGCAAGAUGGUCUACACCGGCGCCUGGUAUGACGGCUGGGAAACGAGACGUCACAACACUGAGCCCUUUGACUGGGUUAUUGUCCGCCUUGGCGUCGCUUCUGGGACUGUCGAUGGAGUUGAGGUCGACACAGCCUUUUUCUCCGGCAACCACGCUCCCUCUAUCUCGGUCGAGGGCUGCUUCAACCUCGAUGACGACGAGGUCAUCUCGUGGAAGGGCGGUAGAGGACAGUGGGAGACUAUCCUCGGCAACGAGGAAUGCGGUCCCUCCCAGCGCUUCGGAUGGAAGCUGGCCGAACCUAAGAAGAAGCAGUAUACCCACGUUCGUCUCAAUAUGUACCCGGACGGAGGCAUUGCACGAUUUCGUCUGUUCGGCCACGCCGUGCCCGUCUUUCCCGAUGAUAAAGAUGCCAUCUUCGACCUGGCCGCGGCCCAGAAUGGUGGUGUCGCCAUCUCGUGUAGCGACCAGCACUUUGGCACCAAGGAUAACCUUCUGCUGCCGGGUCGCGGCAAGGAUAUGGGUGAUGGUUGGGAGACGGCGAGGUCGCGGACCAAGAACCACGUCGACUGGACGAUCGUCCGCCUCGGGGCUCCGGGUUCCGUACAGAACGUCGUCGUGGACACGGCGCACUUCCGCGGCAACUUCCCGCAAAAGGUCAAGAUUGACGCCCUCUCAUGGGUCGACAGCGGUGAGCCAGGCGCGGAUGCCGCCGGCUGGACGGAAAUCGUAGCUCCGAGCAAGUGCGGCCCGGAUCAGGAGCACGACUUCCCGAGUACCGUCAAUGACAAGGCCGUGUCACACAUUAAGAUCACCAUUAUUCCCGACGGCGGGGUCAAGAGACUGCGCGUCUUCGGUAAAAGGGCAUAA